AUGCUUUUGUCCGAAUCCUACUAUAUAAAAAAAUCAACAAUGGUGGUGGGUCAGCUCAACAUGCUUAGUUGGUGUCUUGGUGAAGUAGUUGAGUGUUAUGGGCACGUGGGAGCUCAAAAACAGCUUAAGUUUCGCACGUGGGAAAUGGGCCGAUUGAUUUUGAUUGUUUGUAAAAACUAG